AUGGCUACUUUCGUCCCUUCUUCCCCUGACGAGAGAGGGUUCGAUUCUGGCCCUGCUCUUGAACAACAACAACAACAACAACAACAACAACAACAACAACAACAACAACAACAACAACAAUACCAAGAACAACAAUACCAAGAACAACAACACCAGGAACAACAACAUCACCAUCCACAGCUCGACACGAACGAGGCUACCACUCUCCUUAAUUCCUCCCCGCCUCCUGCACGUUCAGCCGUCGUCGAGCCUGUUGGUGCUGCCCCUGCUGUGCCGUCCGAUAGAACACCACCACGUUUCUCAAACAAAUACCCACAGCUGCCGUCCCUUCUCCCGCCACACGGGCUCGGACCUUCGACAUCAGACGAAACAGAGGAAACACUGGACCAACUGGAGACGGACCAUCAGUUCCCUCCACUGCCUACCAUCGACCACCAACGUCCGACCCCGAGUCCCAGCAAAGGCCGGUCCCAAAGCCUCGCUUACACCCCGGCCCCCAUCAAGCGCAAGCCGUUAUCAUCUUCGGCUUCGCCCUUGGCUACCCGCUUCUCGUCUCCGGGAAGGAACUAUCUUGACAUCAUCCGCGAUCUGCCCCGUCCCGAGUCCCGGUUCUCGAGAUCGUGUUCUUUGGAUAGCCCUACUCUGUACGAAUUCCCCGCCAAGUUUGGUCCUCCGCUUAAUCCUCCUCGUCCUUCUGCUGCCCACGCUUCCGAUUUGCCGGCGAAUCCCGAGUAUAACAGCAACAACCAACGGUCAACAAGCACCGUGUCCGAUCAUUCUGUACAACAUCAAGGUCCCGAUUUCUAUAAUACCGGCGACCUGCAGUCCACAAAGACUUUGGAGGAGAGCCCGAUAAUCGCGUCGGCUGAGACAGGGCGUCCAUUGUCAGUGUCACCAGACCGGCAUCUAAGCGCCGGCAGUCUUGGUGUGACCACUCGGCCAUUGGACCACAACGACGAGGUUGCGGCUCCCUAUACCAACGCCACCGCGACGACUAAUACUUUCUCGCAAGAGACACAUGACGGGCGCAAUCCCAUUGUUAAGCCCAGUACCAUGUCGCUGUCUUCUCGAAAGUCUCCCCCUCCACAUCUAAAUCUUGCGCCAGCAGAAGAUAGUGAACAUCGACAACGGGCCUUUCCGCUCGUUGCAACCCCUGGAGAGAGCAAUAAUCUUAGGCAACCUUUGCCAAAAUCACCAGCUUCGUCCCAAUUGGACGCCAACUUCUAUGGCAACUGGGCCACCACGCCACAAUCUUCCACAACCGAGUUCUCGGAGGACAAAGAAGACAUCUCGCCCAUCCCGUCCCCGUCUCCUUAUUCUUUGAGACGAUCAAUUCACGCAGAUGAAUCCCCACGCCUGCUCAGGACACCUAGUCAUACCAAUGCGAAAACCGAGAGGCUCGAAGACUACCUACAAACACCACCGCCCAGUGAGACAUCGCAGUAUCAGAUCGACGAAAUGGAGGACGAACUGAGAGCCAUCGGCGCCGAGUUGGCUGCAUCCAUUCGGCGUGAGAUGGACUUGGAGGACCUGGUGGACAAGCUACAGGAACAGGUUAACAACGGCAACCCCAACGCAUCUGGGAAAAGAACAAGCGAUUACUUUUCCGACUCGGGACACAGUUCAUCAAAAUUUAGUGACGAUGAUCAAGCCAAGGAGGAGAUCACGCUGGUCAAGCGCAAAGCGGAGCAGGAACGAGCGCAAAUCAGACUUGAGCUUACCACCAAGCUGCAAGAUGAGCGGAUUAGGCGCCGUGCCCUCGACGAGCAGAUCCAGGAACUUUCAAAGCGGGCAUCGAUGAUUGAUGUUGCCAAAGUUCAAAACGAGGAAACCAGUGACAGGCUCAAGGAGCUCGAAGCCACAUGCGACGAUUUGCGACGAAGGCUUUCCGAAGAGAGCCAGACGAGGGAGAACCUAGAAGAUCUCCUCAGUGCCGUCAAGGGCGAGCUGGAAAACGCGUCGAACGAGCGAGACAACCUACGCGACGAAAUUGUCCCUCAACUCCGCGCACGUGUCGAAGGCUUAGAGACGGAAGUUGCAGAAAACGAGAAGCUCGCUUAUGAUGCGACCAGGCUGCAGCAAGAGGUCCAAUCUCUCAAGACGGAAAACGAGGAGCUUGGUAAGAUCCAGGAGGAGGUCGAUCUCUUGAAGGCUGAAAACGCCGAGCUUGGCAAGUACCGCGAGGAGUACGAACACCUGAAGUCCGGAAACACGGACUUCGCCAAACUGCAAGAUGAGUUUGAGCAGUUCCGAGCUGAACACACAGGGUGCGAUAGGCUGCAAGAAGAGCUCCAAGCACUGAGGUCUGGAAACUCGGAUGUCGAAAGGCUACAGGAAGAGCUUCACGCCAUCAAGCUCGAACACAGCGAGUGCAGCAAGUUGCACGAGGAGGUUCAACUGCUCAAGUCAGCAAAUGCUCAGCUCAGCAGCCAGCAGAACGAACUUCAGUCACUGAGGACCGAGAGCGCGGAGAUCGACGACCUUCAACAAGAGCUCGAGGCACUCCGUUUUGAGAACACCGAGCUGCGCAAGUUGGAGCAGGAACUUCGCACUUUGAAGUCGGAGAACAAUGAACUCAAACAAACAGGAACCCGCAUGUCAAUGGUCCUUUCACGCUCGACCUCCGUUGCGGGCACAAAUAGCAGCUCUAUUAAGAGAGGUGGCCGCCCCAUGUCCCUUGCCCGGUCAAACACUACAAAGCAUCUUGCGGCGGCUGAGCCCCGUACGGAGGUCCUGGCCGACAGACUGAAGGACGUUGAGGCACAGCGCGACGCACUGCACAGUGCUCUUCGCAGUCUUCUUGAGAGACAGGAGUUCCAGAAUCGCGAGAACGCCAAGAAAAUCAAGCUUCUCGAGCAGGAGCGUGACCGUCUUCUCUCGUCUUCGCCUCGGGGUGGAUACGAAAAGGAGGUGGCCACCCUUCGCGACGAAAUUGCCGUUCUGCGCCGCCGGGCUGAGGAAGCCAUUGACCAGAAGUGGGAGGUCGAGAAGGGUCUUGGUGGCCUCAAGAUGAAUCUUGACCGUGCCGAGCAGGAAAUCACCUCCUUGCGUAGCCUUCUCAGGGAGAAGGACAUUCUCAUUCCUGAGGGCUUUGCUCGCAGCAGCUACAUGUCCAAUUACAGCAACGAAGACGCUCUCGUUCCCGUGUCCUCGGCGUCCUUGGAGAGGGCUUAUGCAGACUUGCAAGCCACCUACAGUGAAGCUCUCGUCCGUAUCAAGGACCUCGAGGACAGCACUGCCUCUAACGAGGCAAUGCAGCUUGCCAUUGCUCGUCUUGAGCACUCUCUCUCAACUGUUGUGACGGAGCGUGAUAUGGCUCGCGAGGACAACGUUGCCCAGCUUGCUGAGCUCGAAUCCCUCCGGGAGUCGGAAAAGCAACACAUUGACGCCGAGCUCACUCUAGCUGAGCAAUUGUCUGACUCAGCCCGCCGCGUCGAGGAACUCGCACAGCAGGUGCGCGUUCAGCUCGCCAUCAACGCUACACUCCGCGCCCGGCUGGCCGAUACCGUCGCUCGCGGUGAGGCUAACCAGCGCGUAAGCACGGAGCGCAUUGCCAGUCUCCAAAAGCGCCUAAGGGAGCUCGAGGAACAGGUGAUUGCCGCGCAAACCAACGCUGAAGAGCGCGUGAACCGUCACGAGGAAGAGCUGCAGACGCUUAAGGAAAGUCAUAACAUCCACCUCCUGCGUCUCCGCGAGCCCGCGGGCUCGGCGGCCGCCAUGCGUGGUCUUCCCCCGCGUUCGUUCCCGCCCAAGUCCCCCCUCAGCCCCAUGUUUAGUAUGAGCCUGGCGAGCAAGAGCGAUGCCACACCCCGUACCACUCGCAUGUCGAGCCCUUUUUUACUUUCAUCAUCUUCUUCCUUCUAUUCUAGUUCGCAUGCCUCGACCUACCUCCGGCCGCGGGCUUCUGGAGUCCUUUCGUCGGCUGCAGCCGAGGGUAACAUGGCCGAGGAUGUGACCAUCCUCAAGGCCCGCGUUGCCCAGCUCGAAGGCGCCCUGAUGGCUGCCGACUCGGAAAUGCAGGAAGUCGUCAGCCGUAUGAACAUGGCCCAGAUCGAGGUCAUGACUCUCCAGGAGGAGCGCGAGGAGGCGGUUCGCCAGACCAGGAAGCUGCAGAAGAUGAUGGAGGAGGAGAGGGUCAAGGUUUUUGAAGAGCGGUUCAAGAGCUUUGCGGGCGCUACGGAGGUCAGGGCUUAG